AUUGCUUGCUUGAGUAAUGAUGAUGAUGCACUGCAGCAGCAGCAGCAGCAGAAGAAGAAGAAGCAGCAGCAUAAACAAUAACAACAACUGGAGCUAAGAGCGGCUGUAACAAGCGAAAGAAGCAGCAAAAUAAGUGCAUGCAAAAUCGAACUGAUGUCGCUGCGAAUUGAGCUGCAAAUUGAGCUGUAGCUUAAGUGGGCGUGGCUGUAUUCAUGAUGCGACUGGCGAAGUUGACACAAAGUUUUACGCUUAAAAAUGCGUCGCAAAAGUGCACGGAUCAAACGCACGCCAAGCGUCACGGCAGCAGCAGCAGCAACGGUGCAGGCCAGAGCAUUGGAAGCGGCGGGAACGUUAACGGCCUGGCGGCCACGGCGGCGACUGCAGCAGCAACAACGAGGAACGGCAGCAGCAGCACGAACACCAGCGGCGGCAGCAGCCACAACAACAGCAAUAGCAACAGUAGCAACAGUAACAGCAGCAACAGCAGCAGCAGUAACAGCAACAGCAGCAAACGUAAAUCAAAGCCGCGAACAAAGUGCUUCGGUGGCACAGUGUUUCGCUGUUGCCUACCUUGUCGCGGGGGCGGCUCCGCAGCCCCCGCCACAAGUCCGCCCCAAACACCCGCGCAGACUCCGGACGAACUGCUGAAGCCCAAAGCACAGACACAACAACAGACACAGAUACAGAGACAAGGAACAACACCGCAAACCGAUUUGCUGACAGACAACGAGCAACCAGAAAAGCAAUCACAAGAGCAUCAACAACAACAACAACAGCAACAAUUGCUGGACAUUGAGACAGAGGAACCGUGCGGCAUUGCGGGUGAGAAGAAGCAUUCGUUAGCGGAUACGAUUGGCACAUCGGUGACAACGCCCAUAUCCCUGAAGACGCUCAUCAACGACGUUGACGAGGACUUGGAGCAUCCGUUGAGCGCUGCCGAUAUCGCAGCCGCAAGUUUGGCCAGCGGUUUGGUUGCCCGACGCGCCGAACCGGAGACACUCAGUGACGCCAGCGUAUCGCCCACCGUUGUCGUCUUGCAGCUGUCGAGCACAGUGACAGCGAGCACAGCGCCCAGUCUAACGCUGCCAGAAGCAGCGAGCACUCUGACGACAAGUGUUACGACAACACCCUCAGCAGCAGCCACAGCAGCAGCAACGCUGUUGUCCACAACUAGUAGCAGCGUCUCUCCCACGUCGCCGUCGCCCAGUGGCGUUUAUAGUGCCAAUCAGCAGGUAACAGGCGGCAGCACAGCAACAACUAGCAGUAACAGUAACAGCGGCGGCGGCGGCGGCGGCAGCAGUGGAGGAGCAACAGCAACAACACAGCAGCAACAACAACAACAACAGCAGCAGCAGCAGCAACAGCAACGUUGUAGUUGUCAGCCACAGACAUCACCAUUGCCGCACAUCAAAGAGGAGGAAGAGUCCGAGCAGCAACAAUUGCAACAGGCAAACAAUCGCCAGGCGGCAAACAACAGUCCCAUCAAGGGGCUCGAGGAACCGCUGCCACCCAUCACAAUAGCCGGAGCUGGCUAUUGUGGCAGCUGUGAGAGUGUUCAUCAGUCGUCAGGUACCACCUCAUCGUCGGCAGCAACAGCCGGAGGCGGAGGGGGCAGCUCACAACCAGAAUACGUUGGUGCAUCGACGCCAUCGCCACGCAUCAAAUUAAAGUUCCGUAAACCGCAUAAAUCGUGCUGGUCGCGCAUUGUUCUCGCACCGAUUGGCAGCAGCAACAGCGGCACUGGAGGCGGCGGCGGUUCGUCAUCGGCAACGGUUAUUGGCAGCAAUUCAAACGAAACUUUAGCUUCCAGCGGCAGCACCGGCAACACAAAUACCACCAACAACAGCAGCAGCAUCAGUGUCGCUGCCCAUCAUCGCUUGGCAUCAUCAUCGGCAUCGGCACUCGCCUCGCAUCCCAGCAACUCGCAGCUGCUGCCCACCAGCAAAAUGCAGGCCGAACAAGGUUCCAUUGGGGAUCUGCAGAAGUACCACAGUCGCUAUCUUAAGAAUCGGCGUCACACCUUGGCCAAUGUUCGUUUCGAUGUAGAAAAUGGCCAGGGCGCCCGAUCACCGCUUGAAGGCGGUUCACCCAGCGCUGGUUUGGUACUACAGAAUUUACCGCAACGUCGCGAAUCCUUUCUAUAUCGCUCCGAUUCGGACUUUGAGAUGUCACCAAAGUCAAUGUCCAGAAACUCAAGCAUCGCUAGCGAAAGGUUUAAAGAACAGGAGGCCUCUAUACUCAUUGACAGAUCCCAUGGCGAGGAUCUCAUUGUAACGCCGUUUGCCCAAAUUUUAGCCAGUUUACGUUCAGUGCGCAACAAUUUAUUAAGUCUGACAAAUGUACCAGCAUCAAACAAAUCCAGGCGGCCAGCUCAAUCAUCAUCCGUCGGACGGUCCGGAAAUGCGGGCGGCGUUCAACUAGCACAGGGCGAUGAGGCCUACACACGCCUGGCCACCGAUACCAUUGAGGAGUUAGACUGGUGCUUGGAUCAGCUGGAGACUAUACAAACGCACCGCAGUGUCUCCGACAUGGCAUCGCUUAAGUUCAAGCGCAUGCUUAACAAGGAGCUCUCACACUUUAGUGAGUCCAGCAGAUCAGGAAAUCAAAUUUCCGAAUAUAUUUGUUCAACAUUUUUGGACAAGCAACAAGAGUUCGAUUUACCCUCGCUGCGCGUUGAAGAGAACACUGAACACUCAACCGCUCAACCAAUUGCCGCCAACCAGCAAUAUCCGCGCAGUCGAUCGCCCCGCGGUCCGCCGAUGUCACAAAUAAGCGGAGUUAAGCGGCCGCUGUCGCACACAAACAGCUUCACCGGCGAGCGUCUGCCCACGUUUGGCGUGGAGACGCCACACGAGAAUGAGCUGGGCACACUGCUCGGCGAAUUGGAUACGUGGGGCAUUGAGAUAUUCAAAAUUGGCGAACUCAGCUGCAAUCGUCCGCUCACCUGUGUGGCAUACACCAUAUUUCAGAGUAGAGAAUUACUGACCAGUCUUAUGAUACCACCGAAAACUUUUCUUAACUUUAUGACUACUCUGGAGGACCACUACGUCAAAGACAAUCCGUUUCACAAUUCGCUGCAUGCCGCUGACGUGACACAGAGCACAAAUGUGCUACUAAAUACACCGGCAUUGGAGGGUGUAUUCACGCCCCUCGAGGUGGGCGGGGCGCUGUUCGCCGCUUGCAUACACGAUGUUGAUCAUCCUGGCUUAACCAAUCAGUUUUUGGUUAAUUCAAGUUCCGAACUAGCAUUAAUGUACAAUGACGAAUCUGUUUUGGAAAAUCAUCAUUUAGCUGUUGCCUUCAAAUUAUUGCAAAAUCAAGGAUGUGAUAUAUUCUGUAAUAUGCAAAAGAAACAACGCCAAACUUUGAGGAAAAUGGUUAUUGAUAUUGUGCUCUCCACUGACAUGUCCAAGCACAUGAGCCUGCUGGCCGAUCUGAAGACCAUGGUGGAGACCAAAAAAGUCGCUGGCUCCGGGGUGCUGUUGCUAGACAAUUAUCAAGAUCGCAUGCAGGUGCUUGAGAAUCUGGUGCACUGCGCUGAUCUGAGCAAUCCCACCAAGCCAUUGCCGCUAUAUAGGCGCUGGGUGGCACUGCUGAUGGAGGAGUUCUUUUUACAGGGCGACAAGGAGCGCGAAUCGGGCAUGGACAUUAGUGCGAUGUGCGAUCGCCAUAAUGCGACUAUUGAGAAGUCACAAGUGGGCUUCAUCGAUUACAUUGUGCAUCCGUUGUGGGAGACAUGGGCCGAUCUGGUGCAUCCCGAUGCCCAAGAUAUACUCGAUACGCUUGAAGAGAACAGAGACUACUAUCAGAGCACGAUACCGCCAUCGCCACCGCCAUCGACAGCCGAUGAAAUACCGCAGGAUGAGAAGAUACGAUUCCAGGUAACACUGGAGGAGUCCGAUCAGGAGAAUCUGGCCGAGCUGGAGGAGGAGUGCGACGAGAGCGAGAGCCGGGGAGAUGCCGGCUCCAGCAGCACCACUGGCACCACAGCAACUGGCGUUGCCGGCGGUGGCAAGCCGUCAGGGAGUCAAAAUCAAGCGCCACACGGUGGAAUGUGACGGAGAGUCGUGGGAAUUUAUCGGAAAUUAACGGAGAAAGCGCACAGCUUUUUCCUGAUUCGUUAGUGACUACAAUUUUAAUCAACCACAAAAACCGAAAACAAACAAAACAACAACAACAAGAAAGCAAACAUAACUUAGAAACAACCACAACAAAAACCGUUUAAUCGUAAAAAGAGAGACAACAAAAAAAAAAACAAAUUUAUUUAAAAUGAAUGAAAAAACCCCAAAAAAAUAUAUAAAAAUAUAAAAAAAAAAAAAAAAAAAAAAAAAACAAAAACAAAAAACAUAUAUAUAUAUACAUAUAAAAAUAAAGAAUUAAACAAAUGUUUAAAGAGUAAAAAAAAACCAAAAAACAGCAAUAGCAAACGUACCGUUUAACUUAUAGUGAAUGAAACGAAGGAAAAGAUGAGAAACAAAAGCAAAAACAUAAGAAAUUAGAAAUUUACUUGAUGAAAAAUGAGAUUGAUGUGGAUUACACAGAAAACUAAAACACAAAAAGAAAUAUGAAACGGCUGAGCACGGCGUUUAAACCAUAAACAUUAACAUUAACAUUAAAGAAGAAAAGAACAGAAAAGAAAAAACCAAAAAACAAACAUUGUUAAUCUUAAAGCCCGAAUCCAAGACAAGACAACCAAAAAACGUACUGCAAAAAGCAAAAAAACGAAACAAAAACAAACAGAAAAACCCCAAUAAGAACAACAAGCAUAGACGAUUUUUGUUGCAUGUUAAAAUUGAUUUUAAUAAUUAUUACUUUUUUUUUUUUUAAUUAACUGUUAAGCAACAAAACGAAAUUUACUCUUUAAUGGAAACCAACAACAAUAAUCAAUAAUUUUGUUAAGUUUAAGGCAACAACUAGUUGUUUUUGUUUUUUUAUUGUAUUGACAAAACCCAAAGCCAAGAAGGCAACUAUAUCAACAACAACAACAACAACAAUUAUCAACUACAUAAAAAAUUAUGAUUGUUGAGUUUUUUUUUAAGCUAAUUCUUAAAUGCGCAACGCUUCAAGUUUUAAACAAACGAAAGAAAACCAAAAAAAAAACAAAAAGAAAAAAAACCAUAAACAAAUUGUUUUGCAUGCUUAAAUUUAUAUUUAAAUUAUUCAUUAAUUACGUAUUAGUUUAAAAAGCAAAAGCUCUUAAUAUACUGUUGACGAUUGCGUUAUUUGUUGUUUAAAUUUGAAAUUUUAUUUAUUGAAAAACAAACAAAAAAAACGACAAAGCAAAACAAAAAACAAGCACUAACUGCAAUUAGAUCUAUAUACAUACAUGUAAGCCACUUCCUUCAGAACCCCAAAAACCAAACACAAAAAAAAAAAAAUAACUAAUACCACCCUGCAGACAAAUCCAGUGAAUUCAACUAUAUUGAACAAAAAACAAAAAAAAAUUGAAGGUAAAAUUCUAAAGAAAACAUAAAAGAAAUCAAGCAGUCUGCAUCAAAAUCGAUAGUUGUAACUAUACUAACUAUAUGCAUAAAAACAUAAACAUACAUAUGUAACCAAAACACACACAUACUUAUACAUAUAAAUAUAAUAUGUUGGUUUUUUUUUAAUUAUUUGUAAAUAAUUUAAAUGUUGGACUCGAAUUUAAAACAAGCAAAGCAGCGAAUUGCUUGCAACUAAAAAUGAAAACACUUAAAAGAUAAACGAAACAAACAAACAAACAAGAAAAAAAAAAACAGGAAAAACAAAGCCAAAAAGAAAAAAAUGACACAAAAAAAACACACGUUUGAUUUGCUUGAAACUUAACAAAAGAAACUACUGCAUAAUUAGUAAAAAAAGGAAAGAAAAAAAUAUUAAAAUAAAAGAAAAGAAAGAGAAUGAACGUAACGUCAGAUUAUUACAAUUUUUGUUGCUUCCAAGUAAAACGCUGUCUUCGCAAAAUAUAAUUUUUAGUAGUAGAGAAACUAACUGAGAAAAGUAUGCCAAAACGUUGUUUUACAUUUGGAUUGAUUCUGAUUGAUUGAUUGAUUAAUUGAUUGACUGUUUGAUUGAUUUGCUUAUUCAGACAUUUCAAGCACAAGCACUAGCGAAAGCAAAAGCAAAUUCAACUUUAACUGAUUUCAAAAGCGAAAACCAAAAAUUAAACUAAUCUAAAUUAAACAAAACAAAAGUCAUUGGCUCUGUACCAUUAAAAAAUAACACAAACAUAAACAUACACACACACACACAUAAACACUUAGGCAUACACCUAGAUACAUACUUACAAAAUAUGUGUAUAUAGAAACUAUAUAUAUCACAUAUAACUAUAUUAACGAGUCACAUAUUCUCACGCUGGUGCGUGAUCGAUGCAAGUGGCAGGCCAAAUAAAAAGCGCAUAAUUUAUUAUGUUUAUUGUUAUUAAUUUAUUAAUUCUUUUUUUUUCUAACUAUACAUAAACACACAAACACACACACACACACACAUUGUAUGCUAUAUAUAUGUAUAUUUAUAUAUAUGAAUAUAUUUUAUUUUGUGUUUAAGCGGGCAGGAUCCGUGAAAUUGUGUUUUAUAUCCUGUGCACAUCAACAAUUGUACAUAGAGAUAAGCAUUGAACCCUUUUAAUCGUAUUACUAUUGAUGUCUCCAUUGUCCGUCAAUCUCUAUCUUUAACUCUUAACUGAUUCAAGCAUAAAUAAAUGUCCAUACUGAAGGGUAACCGAGUAGAACCGAUUGUGCACCGGGUAUCUGCUAGUCGAGCAACCUCGACUAGAUCACACUUGUUUUUUUUUCGAUUUUUUAUUCGAUAUAAUUAUAUACAUACUUAUAUAUAUAUAUAUAAAAUUGAAAUGCAAAUGAAAAUGAACCUUGAUGGUCUAAAAAUAUCAUUAAAAUAAAAUUAUUAUGCACUUAAAAAAAAUGAUAAUAUAAAAAAACAAAAACAAAAAUUCAUUAUAUAUUGUAUAUGAGAAAAACAAAACAAACAAAAAACAAAAGCGAGUUGAGCAAGUUGUUGUAACUGAAAGAAGGAAAUAAUAAAAAUGCAUCAAAUGGAAAUAAUGAAAAUGAUAAAUGGUAAAUUAUAGCAAUUUAAGCAGCAUUGUAAAUGUGCGCUUCAGAUUUACUUUUGAAAUUAAUGCAUUGAAUGGAAAGCAAAAAGAAAGCAAACAAAAAAACAAAAAAAAAACACGAUAAGGAAAUAUCUAAAAAUAAAUUAAUAUAUAUAUAUAUUUAUAUGUAUAUAUGCGUAUAUAUGUAUAGGUAUAUUUAGAUAUAUAUGUAUGCAUGUACAUGUAUAUGUAUGUAUAUUUAGAUAUAUAUAUGUCUAUAUAUUAUGUAUGCGAGUACAUACAAUAGUUGAAAGCUGGGCGCAGUCCAUGGCAAAACUGAAAGCUACUUUAACAAUUGAGUGAAAUGAAAUUACAAAUAAAUGAAACAAAAAAAAAAACAAAAAAACAAAAAACCAAAUGACUUUUUUCUCUACGAAUUCUCGAAAUAAAAAUGCAGCCUAGUUAUACAUGUAUACAAUAAAAACAAACAAACAUGACAAAAACAAAACAAAAAUGAAAGCAAAACAACAAACCCCAAAUAUGAUGUAUGUCUACAUACACAAUGUAAGCUUAAGUAAUGUAUUGUAAUUGAUUACUAACACUCUGCGUCAAAGCACUAAGCUUAUGUCGUACAACAACAACAACAACAACAACUAAAGAAGAGCAUUUCAUAAAAUCAGACACACAGUUACACAGACAGACAGAUAGACAGGGAGCUAACUAUUCUCAACAUAUGAUGAACAAAUACGACAGUAAUAAGACAUUUACAUAAUGUAUUAUUAACAAGAAAAGUAAAGAAAAGAAAAGAGAAGAGAAGCGAAGCGAAGAAAGAAAGAUAUAUAAUAUUACUAUUUAUAAAUAAAACUAUGUAUGUGUUACAGUUACUUACUUAUAUGUAUGUAUCUAACCAUAUGUUGUACGUGUAUUGUGUGUGUCUCACUGUAAUUGAUGAAUUUAAAUAUGAGUACUUAAACCCUCGAAAAACCAAACCAAGAAAAUCAAGAAACAAAAAACUAAAAACAAAAGAAACAAAAUCAAUUCUCGCAUUGGUAAACCAGAAGCAAUUUACAUAUAUAAAUUUUAAAUUAAUUAUAUCAAUUACAAAACAUAAAAAAAGAAAAUGAAAACUAUACAUAUAUAUACAUAUAUAUACUAUAUAUAACGAAAUAACCAAAGAGCAACUCUUUGUGAAAAUGUUUGAACUACCGCAUUUCAAUCGUUCUAUACCUUUCUCUCACACUCUCACUCUGUCCCACUCCCACUCACACACACUCGGAACACUUAGUCCAUCUCGCUCUGUUCAUCAAUCUAUCUCAAUUUCGAUGGCUGUGUCCCAGUAAUUGCCCAGUUUUGACUGAGAUUGCAGCAUCGUUUUGUAGUUCUCAUACUGUAAACAAAACAAAACAAAAAGUAAAACUUAGUUAAGGUAUUAGCCAAUUUCCCUAAACAUCGGACGGGCAGUAUAUAUAUCAGUGUAUAUAUCUAUAUAUAUAUAUAUGAGGUCUUACAUAUACAUACAUAUGCAUAGAAUUAUAUACAAAAAGAAAACUACAUUUUUUUUUUUGCUAGUAAACUACGUCCCAUUCAAAAUGAUAUAUAUAUACAUAUAUAUAUAUUAUAUAGGGCAACAUUGGUUGGCCAAAUUUUUGAGAGUAUUACGCGAGUCGGAGAAAUUAUCAGACUCGACAGGCAGUGUUAUAGAGAUUCAGUUUCAUUGUUGUGCUGGUAGUUGUAAAUGGUAAAUACAUACAUAACUUAACAUAUACAUACAUAUACAAAGCUAGAUAAAUGCAAAAUGCAAAAUGCGAAUAGAUGUACGCGAUUAUAAUGCGAAAGACACACACACACACAGACACACAGAAAGAAGGCAUAACUGACAAGAUGGUAAAAUGAAAACUAAAGGUAAAGCUUAAGCUAAAGCUAAAGGUAAAGGUCACAAGGCAAGUUUUGUACUUAAAUGAAAUGUAAAACACCAAAAAAUUGAAAACAAAACUCAAGAAAAAGAUUAUUAAAUACCAAAAAAAAAUGAGAAGAAAACAAAAUAAAAACACAAAUGUGCGCAGGCGACGGUUGUUAAGGAAAAUAACGCUUGAACAAAAAAAAUAAUUACGUGGAAAAUAGUUCAGAGACAGUUUGAGCUACAAAAAACGAGCAGAGAUAUGAGAUAUGUAUAUUAUAUAAUAUAUAUAUUUAAAGAAAAAAAUUUGUAACGCUGGCGUUACAUGGAUGCAGUUAGACAUUUUUUUUUUUUGGAAAUUUAUACAAUUAUAUACAAAAACAAACAGCAGACAGACAGACGCUUACACGAACACACACACACACACACACAGACAGUGACACACACACACACAGAGACACACAAUACAUAGAGACUUGAAAAUCUAGAGAUCCCACACAAUACACGAAACACGAGAUGACAAAACGAAUGAGAAUAGAAAAUCUAUGAUGCAAUUGAUCUGUGUGGCAACCGAAGAUGAAAAUGAGUUAAACGAAUUGAGCCGUUAUAAUGCCAAGUAAAACAACAAAAACUAAAACAAAAAAAAA